AUGUCGGCCACUGCUUCUGCACCAGCCGGCUGCGUUCGCCAUGGCCAUCGUGAUUGCGACUCUUCUGGUACUCUCGUGUCUCAGCAGCCUCAGUCACCGUCACCUCAACCUUCCUCGUUUUUGCCUUUAAAUAUCAAUCCGUUUUCUUGUUCUUCUACUUCAUUGACUCCACAAAUCGGAGAUUCUUCUUCUUUCUCCCCAUCAGACCAUUUCGCUACGUUUCUUCCCGAUACAUACCUCACCCAAGACCGAUAUCUUCUAUCUUCCACGGCAUCAGACAUACCGGGCGUGGAACAGAGUGUAACUUGUUGGGAUCUUUAUGAUGACCCAUUGCAAGCACUCCUUUCAACUGAAGACUUUGCCUUCAUCAAUGCUGGAAACCAGCUCCUGAUACCAUCAGUCGAUAACAGUCCCGCACACACUCCAACAUCGGAAGAAGGCUCAUUGCGUUCCAUGAAAGAUUGCGAUCACUACCAUCUGGAUGCCCCGUUGGUCGGCCACGUCGACAACGCCCUCGCUGAGGCCAGUGAGUUCGCCGCUACCAAUUCAAGCCACAGCUCCCCGACAAGGCCAGGUCCCCUGAGUGCUACUGUCCCCGAUAUUGGACGCAGCCCAGAAUCAUCCUCGAGCUCAACCACGAAGUCAAUCGGCAGCCGUAAACGACAGCGUGCAGAUGACGUAAAGCGAUCCGAAGAGGAAAUUGCCAAUGAGAAACGGCAACGUAACACAAUGGCUGCUCGCAGAUUCCGCAAGAGAAAGGAAGAUCGGAUAUCCAACCUGGAGAAACAGCUCGCCGAUGCGCUGAGAGAACGGGAUGAGCUGAAGCUUCAGGUAGCAAGGCUAGAAGGGCAGAACAUGAUGUUACGAAAGUGCCAAUAG